GGCCGUGAUCUUGGAACGGCGAGCUCACGGUGUUUGCUUCGUGUGCACAUCUCAGCGAAGAGAAGAGAAGAGAGGAGGGGAGCAGCAGAGCUGAGCCAGAGAUGGAGGCUCUGAGGAAGCAGGCGAGCAAGUUCAAGGAGCAGGUCGCCAAGCAGCAGCAGGCCGUGAUAAAGCAAUUCAGCACUACUGGUUAUGAGCGUUCAGAUUCUGUUGUAAUUGAUGAAGUUGAAUUACAGCAGCAUCAACGUCUUGAGAAAUUGUACAGUUCUACUCGUUCUGGAAGGGAUUUCCAAAAGGACAUAGUUCGAGCAGCUGAAGGCUUUGUGUCUAUUGGAAGCAAGCAUGUUGAAGUGGGAACAAAAUUUUCUGAGGACUGCUUUAGAUAUAGAGGUGAAAAUAAUGCCGAUGAGGAAGCCCUUGCAAAAGCUGCAUCACUCUAUGGUGGUGCUUUGAGAAAUGUUGAGAAAGAGUAUGAGGAUUUCAGUAGAACUUUAUCUUCUCAGACCAUAGAUCCAUUGAGGGCAAUGGCUACAUGUGUUCCCCUGGAAGAUGCUCGUGGUCUUGCACAACGUUAUAGCCGGAUGAGACAUGAAGCUGAGAUUCUUUCCGCUGAAAUUGCUAGAAGGAAGGCACGGGUAAGAGAAUCUCCAAUUGCUGAGAACACUACAAAACUUCAGCAGUCUGAGGCUAAAAUGAUAGAGCACAAAGCAAGCAUGGCUGUGUUAGGAAAGGAGGCCGUUGCUGCACUUGCUGCUGUUGAAUCUCAGCAAAAAAGGGUAACUCUUCAGCGCCUGGUUGGCAUGGUAGAAGCAGAGAAAUUAUUCUAUUUGAGGCUAGCUUCUAUACUUGAUGAUGUUGAAGCUGAGAUGUCAUCUGAGAAACAAAAGAGAGAAUCUGCACCUCCUACUAUUCCUUCCCAUAAGCGUGCUGAGAAGGCCCAGUACUUCCUUGCUGAGGCAGUGAAUAACUUCAAUGGUACCACGGAGAAGGAACUGAGCUUAAUUGUUGGCGAUUAUAUUGUUGUUCGUCAGAUUGCUCCGAACGGUUGGGCUGAAGGAGAAUGCAGAGGGAAGGCGGGAUGGUUUCCUGCUGGCUAUGUUGAGAGGCGCGAAAAUAUCCCGCCAAAUAAAGUGUUCCCCCAAGCAUAAGCUUAUAUAAGUUGGCUAUUUGGUUGCCAAUGCUACAUGCAACUGUAGAUUCGUGCUGCUGGGAUUACAGCAUUUUUUGUGUGACAUGGUAUUUGUUGUAUCUUGUACCUCCCAUGGUGGUUUAGAACAUGCCACAAUUGCAUAUAUGUCUGUCCUUUCGAAUGUAAAUUAUGUAGCUAAUCUGCUACUUAAUUGAUUGUUUUUGCUUAUUGUUUUGGAUACUGUUUGUGCAUUAGGGA